UUAGUUGAGAACUUGGAAUCUCGGAUCCGCGGGGAACCCGUCCGGGUCAAUUAUUGAAAGACGGGGGGGGGGGGGGGGGGGGGGGGAAGGGGUGCUUUUGGCAAUUUCGCAUAGCACUCACUCGUGACUCGCCCACAACCAAAAGCGAGCUCUGUUCCCUCUCCCUUUUCGUUCGCGGUUCUCUGCGUUUUCGCAUUAUCUCUGAACUGGAUGCAUUUUGCUUUUCUUCUUCGGUUCAGCUUCAAAACCCUAGAAUCGGGGCGGAGAUUUUUCUGAUCUUCAGUUUGAUGGUUUUUUCUUGAGAUACCGAUUCGAUGGCGGCGACGACGAUGGCGACGGCGGUCGGAGCGGCGAUGCUGCUAUACUAUGUGCUGAGUCGGAGAAUAGGAGGAAAGGAGCAGGAGGAUGAUCGCAAUGGUAAUUUUUCGAAGUCGUUGAGUAGAUCCGGGAGGAGAAUUGCUCGGAGGCCGGCUCAGGCGCCGGCGACGUGGUUUGAGACGAUCACAACGUUGUCGGAUACGCUUAGGUUUACGUAUUCGGAGACACUAGGCAAAUGGCCGAUUGGAGAUUUGGCUUUCGGCAUCAAUUAUCUCAUGCGUAGACAGGGUAACUUACAAGUUGCUAGUGUAUAUGCUGGAUGUAAUUCUGUACAACUCAAAGGCCCAGAAAUUAUUGCAGAGUUGAACUAUUAUCUGAGGUUGUUGACCCUUUGUAUGCUUUUUUCAAAGAAGUCAUUUCCAGUAUUUCUAGAGACUGCUGGCUACACUCAGGCAGAUGUACUUCUUCAGAAGCCUAAGGCAGGGCUUCUGAAGCCUGCUUUCACAAUUUUAUGUGAUAGAAAUUCAAAAUGCAUCCUUCUAUUGAUUCGGGGUACUCAUAGCAUUAAAGAUACUCUAACAGCUGCAACUGGUGCUGUGGUUCCUUUCCACCAUUCAGUUUUACAUGAUGGUGGGAUAAUCAAUUUAGUUUUAGGAUAUGCACACUGUGGAAUGGUUGCAGCAGCUCGUUGGAUUGCAAAGCUUAGCACCCCUUUCUUGCUCAAGUCUUUGGAAGAACAUCCUAGCUUCAAUGUUAAGAUUGUUGGGCAUUCACUUGGUGGUGGUACUGCUGCGCUGUUAACAUAUAUUCUUCGAGAACAGAAAGAGUUAUCCUCGACCACUUGUGUCACAUUUGCCCCAGCUGCCUGCAUGACGUGGGAUCUAGCAGAAUCAGGAAGGCACUUUAUCACUACUGUCAUCAAUGGUUCUGACCUGGUGCCUACAUUUUCAGCAGUGUCUGUUGAUGAUCUUCGCUCUGAGGUCACCGCGUCAUCUUGGUUAAAUGAUCUGCGUGAUCAAGUUCAGAGAACAAGAGUCAUUAAUGUCGUUUAUCGCUCUGCAACCGCUCUGAGUUCUCGGUUGCCUUCAAUAGCCAGUGCAAGGGCAAGAGUUUCUGGUGCUGGUGCACUUCUGCGUCCUGUCUCCAGCAGCACUCAGGUUGUGACACAGAAUGUCACUGAGGCGGUUGUCAGGACCCGCUCAUCUCUGUCAUCAUGGUCUUGCAUGGGUGCACGUCGCCGCAAUGUGGGCUCACUACCAAGCCCUAAAGAAGAGGAUUUGCCUGAGGCUUCUCUAAUAUCUUCUGAGGUAACAUCUGAAUCCCUUGUGACUGAAGUGGGAACGAGAGUCUCAGUUGUAAAUAAAGCGGAAUGCAGCUCUUCCAGUGGUGGAUCAGGCAAUGACGACACAGAUGAAGAGGUAACACUCCUCCCAGGUGAUAGAGAAGUUACCACAGCCACCACAGAAGACAUCACCGAUGGUGAGCUGUGGUAUGAACUGGAGAAGGAGCUCCAGAGGCAGGAGGACGAACCCGAUGUUCAGGCUCAGGAGGAAGAAGCGGCUGCAGUUAUAGAAAUCACUGAAGAGGAGAACAUGUUGGCUGAUGCAGUUGAGAGCAAAACGCCCAACUCCUCUGAUGUUUCGGAGAGCCUGCACUUCUAUCCACCUGGCAGGAUUAUGCAUAUUAUUUCUAUGCCCCCAUCAAAUGACAAUGAUUCAGUUGACAAUGACACUGGCGCUGGCCCUGCUGAAGAACAUGUUGCUAUUUAUGAGACACCUAGGAAUCUGUACAGUAAGCUCCGGCUCUCAAAGACAAUGAUUAAAGAUCAUUUUAUGCCUAUGUAUAAGAAGAUGAUGGAAUUGCUAAUCAGGGAACUGGAAAAUGAGGAAGCCAGUAGCUAUGUUAUGUGAAAAAGAAAAAAAGAAAAAAGCAACAAGAUGAUAGUGAAGAAAGAUAUACCCGUGUUUGAGAAAAACGAACAGGUUUUGUCUUUGAUGAUUCAUUGUAGACUCCACUUAUUUUUUUUACCAGCUUGAAAAGGGAUUACAGGAUAUCAAUAGAUAAAAAAUUUGAUCGUCA